AUGUUCCUUUUUUUGUUUGAUAUGGGUGCCUUACUUACUGCUGCGUUACGUCAUUGUUCCACACGUACGUUUGAGCAACUUCCCGUGAAGACAAUCUAUGCUCAAUGUUGCAUUUCCGUUGGAUAA